AGGAAGAAGCGCCGGGAAAGAUGGCGGCGGUUGUGGUUUGAAUUCCAGCGGCGCCUCAAGAGUCCGAACAAGAGCUUGGUUGGUGGGGGCGGGGCGGGUCGCGACUGCUAGGGGAACCAGUGGCGCCGCCGCCACAGACACCAACGUCACCACCGCAUCUGUGUCCGUGAUGGACUCGGCGUUGGAGGAGGACGUCACCCUCCCCGGGACGCUCAGCGGCUGCAGUGGCCUUGUUCCCAAUUUACCAGAUGACCUGGAUGGUGUCAGCUCCAGUACUGGUUUGGGAAAUGAUGCGCUCCCAAAUGUGUCAGAAGAAGCAGUGUCUCCCACAAGAGCACGGAACAUGAAGGACUUUGAAAAUCAAAUAACUGAAUUGAAGAAAGAAAACUUUAACCUAAAGCUCCGCAUCUAUUUCCUGGAGGAAAGGAUGCAGCAAGAAUAUGAUGGCCCCACUGAACAUAUCUACAAAACUAACAUUGAACUCAAGGUGGAAGUAGAAAGUCUGAAGCGGGAGCUCCUAGAGAGAGAGCAGCUGCUCAUCAAAGCCUCCAAAGCAGUUGAGACCUUAGCUGCUGAAGGGGGUGGCUCUGAAAUUCAGCGGGUAAAAGAAGAUGCUCGGAAGAAGGUGCAGCAGGUUGAAGAUCUCCUAACCAAUAGGAUAGUCCUUUUAGAGGAGGAUGUGAAAGCCGCCCAAGCAGAACUGGAAAAGGCCUUUGCUGGGACAAAAAAGGAGAAGGCUCUUCGGUUGAGCUUGGAAAGCAAGAUUUCAGAGAUGAAGAAGAUGCACGAGGGUGACUUGGAGAUGGUUCUGGUCCUGCAAGAAAAAGACAGACUGAUUGAGGAGUUGAAGCUGUCUUUGAAGAGCAAAGAAGCUUUAAUUCAGUGCCUUAAAGAAGAGAAAUCUCAGAUGGCAUCUACUGAUGAGAAUGUGUCAUCUGGAGAGCUCCGGGUACUUUCUGCUGUUCUGAGGGAAGAAAAGGAGAAAGAAACUGAGGCUGCACAAAUGGAGCAUCAGAAGGAGAGAAAUCACUUAGAAGAGAAGAUCCAGGCACUUCAGGAGGACCUGAGAGAGAAGGAAAGAGAAAUUGCUACAGAAAAGAAAAAUAGUUUAAAGAGGGAUAAAGCUAUUCAGGGUCUAACCAUGGCAUUAAAAUCAAAGGAAAAAGAGGUUGAAGAACUUAACUCUGAAGUCAAAGGACUUAGUGCUGCUUUUGCUAAAGCCAGAGAGGCUCCCCAGAAAGCACAGAAGUUCCAAGGGUCUGAAGAUUAUGAGGCUAUUCUGUCAGAAAAGGAAGCCCUUUUGGCUGAGCUGCGCUCAGAAAACCUCACCAAGAGUACAGAGAACCACAGGCUGCAUAGAAACAUUAAGAAGGUCACCCAGGAGUUGAGUGACUUGCAGCAGGAGCGAGAGAGACUAGAAAAGGACCUGAAGGAAGCCCAUGAAGAGAAGGGCAAAGGAGACUGCACCAUCCACGACCUUAGAAAUCAAGUUGAGAAAUUACACGAUCAAGUGAAUGAAGGAGAGAAAGCUGUGGAGAAUUGUUACAAGAAUCUUUUGAGUGAAAGUAAUCAAAAAUUGCACAGUCAAGAGCAGAUGAUCAAGUAUCUAAUGGAAAGUGCCAAUCAAAAAGACUUGUUGCUUCAGAAAUACAAUGGAAAAGAUUUGGAAGCAGUACAGCGGAACUGUCAUUUAAUAACUGCGGAAGAUCUUGAGUUCAGAAGCGAAGGCUUAAUAACAGAAAAGUGCUCUUCUCAACAGUCACCAGGCGGCAAAAUCAUCUUCUCUGAGGAAAAACAACAAUCAGACUAUGAAGAGCUGAUUCAGGUCUUAAUGAAAGAGCAGCAUAUCUAUUCCCAUCUGGUAAAAUCUCUGCAAAACUCAAACAGUAUCAACAACCUGCAGGCUGAGUUAAACAACAUAUUUGCCCUGCGGAAGCAACUACAGCGGGAUGUGCUCUCCUAUCAGAAUUUGCGAAAGACCCUGGAGGAGCAGGCCAGCGAAAUUCGGAGAAGGGAAGAAGAAACAUUUUCAUUUUAUAGUGAUCAAACAUCUUAUUUGAGUAUUUGCCUUGAAGAACACAAUAAGUUUCAAGCGGAGCAUUUUUCUCAAGAAGAACUUAAGAAAAAGGUCAGCGACCUUAUACAGCUAGUGAAGGAUCUGUAUACAGACAACCAGUACCUGAAGAAAACUAUUUUUGAUCUCUCCUGCAUGGGUUUCCAGGGAAAUGGACCUGGUCGACCUGAGUCAAUAGAACAAAUGGAGCUUCUGGCUAGCAAGGAGGUGGAGGACAUGAUCAAAGUUGGAGAGGACGACCAGAAUGAUUUCCUGAGUGGCCAGCCUUUGGAACAGAGUAACGAGAUUACAGAGGACUAUUCCAAAGGGGGCUGCAAAAAUGGAUAUUUAUGCCAUAUGGAUUCCAAUAUUUUAGACUUCAGUGGAACCCACCAACUUGACUGCCCUGGAGACCAGAGUCAAGAAGAAAGCGAACUCAUGAGUCUGCUCGCCCCUUUCUUCAAUGAGAAAGCCACAUUGUUCCUAGAAUCCAGGCCAGAUCUUCUGAAAGCGCUACGUGAACUGUUUCUGGAACAAAUGUGCUUGAGAGAGCAAGAAGUUUCUGGAAAUCACCUUGAUGGUAAAACUGAGAAGACACUUAAGCAAAUGGCCAUUCAACUAAGAGGUGAACUCAGACAUUUUGUCCAAACAAACUCAUUUUCCAAAUCACAUGAUGAACUGAAGUUGCCUUGGGGAUCCCAACUAUUAAAGGUGGGUGAAGUGUCCAAGGUGGAGCUGAAAGAUGCCUCUGUGCAGACCACAGCCAUGGAGGGCAACACUCCCAGAUUCAAACAUGAUGGAGUGAGAGAAGCUUGGGAAGAGAGACCAAAACAUGCCGCGUUCAGCACUGAGCAUCAGCCAGAGAACUUGCACAGGAUGCUAGGGCAGCAGGUCACAUCCCUUCCUUUCCCAGGUGGGGCCAAGAAAGAUGCUAAGAAAUCCCGCUUGCCGAUCCUAAUUAAACCAUCCCGGUCAUUAGGAAGUGUGUAUCGACUCCCUGCCACCCAGGAAGAGGUGGCCCAACUGCAGGGCCAUAUCAGGGAGCUUCAGGGGGAGCUGAAGGAGUUUAAAGCUCGCAACAAACAACUUCACCAAAAGUUAAUCCUGACUGAAGCAAUGCUGGAGGUGAGGCCUACACUGGACAAAACAUUACUGAAUGCCCAAUCCCUUGUGGGAACAGCCUACCAGGGCAGCCCAGGAGAGCAAAAAGGAGUUAAAACCACACCCUGUGUCUGGAGAAACAAGGAAAUGGACAAUGAUCAGCAAACAAGCUAUGAGACUGAGUCUGAAAUUUACCAGCCUGGUGACCUUGCCAUCUUGCCAACAUGCAAAGAGAAUCCUGAAGAUUUUCUGGGCACAACUUCAAUAGCUACUUACUUAAGUUCUGAGAGUCAACUUUCUGUUAAAGUCAGCAUGGUUGGGACUGAUCAGUCUGAGAACAUUCUUACCUCAAAUGAUACGGAAUACUUAAAACAGAAAAUCCAUGACUUGGAAACUGAGCUCAAGGGCUAUCGGAAUUUCAUAUUUCAGCUUCACUCAGGGAAGCAUUCCCAGUGCAGUGAGGCCAUUAUUACUGUUUUGUGUGGGACAGAAGGGGCCCAGGAAGGCUUGAACAAGCCCAAAGGCAGUACUGACGACAAAGAAAUGACCUUCUCAAGUUUGCACCAUGUACAUUUUGUGAAGCACAUGAAAAUCCUCCAUCCCCUCACCCCAGAGAUGAUUGAUGGCAGGAAGCUAGAGAGCCUCAAACAGCAGCUGGUGGAACAGGAGUGUGAGCUGCAGAAAGAGCAGAAUUUGAAUAUGGAACUUUUCAGUGAAAUCCAUAAUCUGCAGAAUAAGUUCAGGGAUCUCUCGCCCUCAAGAUACGAUUCAUUAGUUCAGUCCCAAGCCAGGGAGCUCUCCCUUCAACGACAGCAGAUUAAGGAUAGUCAUGACAUCUGUGUCAUUUAUCGGCAACAUAUGCACACCAUGAUUAAGGCAUUUGAGGAGUUGCUGCAGGCCAGCGAUGUGGAUUCCUGUGUGGCUGAGGGUUUCCAGGAGCAACUGAAUCAGUGUGCUGAACUGCUCACGCAGUUGGAAAAGCUCUUUCUCAAUGGGAAAACAGCUGGAGUGGAAACGAGCACCCAGAAUGAACUGAUAGAGAGGCUCGAGGAAGACAACCCAACCUAUGAGCAUAUUCUCCCUGAAUCUCCUGAGCCUUCAGCCUCUCGUGCAUUGUCUGAUUAUGAAAUGUCCGAAAAGUCCUCCUCCUUCUCACAAGAUGCAAAGCCAGACAGCGAGACCGAGAAGACUUCAAUUGUAGCUAACAAUUUUUCUCAAGACUUACUAAUGGAACAUAUACAAGAAAUUCGAACUUUGAGAAAACAAUUAGAAGAAUCUAUUACAACAAAUGAGAAGCUGCGGAAACAGCUGGAGCGGCAAGGGUCUGAAUUUGAUCAAGGUUCUGCAAACAUUUUUGCUUAUGGUUCAGAGCUGCAUAAUUCUCUGACAUCAGAAAUUCAUUUCCUGCGGAAGCAAAACCAGGACCUCAAUACAAUGCUUGCUAAAGGAUCCAGAGAUAAACAGAAGGAGAAUGAAAAAUUACGAGAGUCCCUCUCCAGGAAGACGGCAAACCUUGAGCACCUUCAGCAAGAGUUUGCCUGUGUGAAGGGGGCAAAUGAGAGACUGCAGAAGGAAGUCAGUGAGAAGGAGAGACACAACCAGCAGCUGGUCCGGGAGAUCUGCAACAGCCGCAACCAACUGAGCCGGGCACAGGAGGAGGCGAAGUUGAGGCAGCACCUGCUCUCUCAGAAUGACAAGCUACUCCAGUCCCUCCGAGUGGAGUUGAAGGUGUAUGAGAAGCUGGUUGAAGAACACAGGAGACCAAGAGAGGCCAGGGCAGAGGCGUCAGGAGAAGGCCUGAAAGGGCAGGACCCUUGCAGUGACCUGCACUGCCUCCUGACAGAGACCCAGGCUCUGCGGGCACAACUGGAAAGAAGUAUUGAAGCCAACAGCACCCUGCAGAGCAAGCUCGAGGAGCAGCUGGCGAAGAGCAAGAAGGUGGCACAGGAAGCAGCACUCACUUUGACGGUCCAGACUGUGUCCAUCCCUGAGCAGCCUCUUCAGUUAGACAAACAAGGUAAUAACAAAUGUCUCAUAACAAAGGAUAACUCAUAUGAUCUGUUUGAUUCCACCCUGGCAGUGCCACCGAAAUCAGCUUCAGAGACGACUCUUUUCUCUGGAAAUGAUACGGACUCCCUCUCCUGUGACAGUGGCAGCUCGACUGCCAGCACUCCGUGCAUGCCCCGCCUGGUUCCUGGUCACUGCCUCUGGGCCAGCAAGAGAGGCUGUCACAUCCUGGGCCUGAUUGAGGACUACAAUGCCCUGUGCAAGCAGGUUCGCCAGGGCCAGAGGCUCCUUGCCGAAAUGGACAUUCAAAUCCAAGAGGCUCUCAGCCCUACAUGUGGAGAGCUGGGAACACAGGAUCCACAGUUGGCGCCUCUGAGCAGGUUUGUCACCGGUGUGAGCACAGCCAAACUGAUCCUGGAAGAGGCCUCGAGGUUACUGAAGCUUCUCUGGAGAGCCUCACUGCCCACUGAGGGCCAGUGCACUCUGCACUGUGAGCAGAUUGGAGAUAUGAAGGCAGAGAUCACCAAACUACGCAAGAAAUUGUUUGAACAAGAAAAAAAGUUGCAAAACACUGUCAAGCUUUUACAGCUGAGCAAGCACCAGGAAAAAGUCAUCUUUGACCAAUUGGCCGUAACCCACAAAAUCCUUCGGAAGGCCAGAGGAAAUCUGGAGCUUAGGCCCGGGGGUGCCCAUCCUGGAACAUCCAGUCCCAGCAGACCAGGCUCCUAAGGAGAACUUUCAGCCAAUAAAGCCGGUGGUUCCCCCA